CGCGCCGAACCGCGAUGCCGCAACGCGUGCCUGGAACACACUUUGAGAACGCGCGCGCCUCCCAGCUGCCGUAUCGACCCCUCCCCAUUGGAUGACACAUCCUCCAAUAACGAACCUCCAAAAGGAUUACGUCACUUUGGUAUUAUUGACGCCAACCAUCCGGCAGCAUCGCAGUGCUGGAUUCUUCGGGGUAUCUUUUCUUUAAUGGGAAGAUCAGAGAAUUCUCUGUACCAGGGUAGUCGUCAUGAAAUCUCUCCUUGUCAUAAAACCAACGUAGAAUCCUCUGCUUCUUGAAAUAAGGGAUACUUUAAGUUGCAUCAUGAAGUUGAAUGACAUGGCUUGUGUAACACUUUGUAGGUUACCGUAUCAUUUUGAUACACGAAUGUGCAUCAAUUACUUUGAUAACCGAGUUGCAACUAUUGGAUUUAUAUUAAAGUAAUUAUGGAUGUAUCUUCUUUAUUGCUUAAAUGUUUUUAGGUUCUUUUGCAUUGAACGACAAAUUAAGAUAUACCGUACUGCCAAGGAUCGUUUUCUCUUAAUAUGGAUCAUUAACUGUAUGCGUAACUUUAUUUACGUACGUUACUGGGAAACACCCCAACUUUGCUCCCUCUGUUGCGCAUAUAUUUUUCCUUCUCUUUGUGCAUCCCCUAUUCUAGACUGUGACAGUUGAAAUAAAAAUCAAAAUUCCGAUUGAAGGGAACGAGAACGAGGUCCAUUGGUUUUUGCACGUCAUGUAGCGCGUACAUAUUGCUCGAUAUAUUAAUGGGGAUAACAACUACUUUAGCCCACUCUUCUCGAUAAUGUCGGUAAAUUAAUAAAUCUAUACAUAUUUAUGCCCGUACCAAUAUAUAAUGAACAUUAUAGACGAUCAUUGACGUAGGUACAGACGAAGUUUAUUCUGGUCACAGAUUGAAGAUAAUGGGGUGCACCUUUACGACGUGGAUAUCCUUAAUUGAUGCGGCGCGCUCGAUUUCCGCCUCGACGAAUUUCGUGUGUACGCCGAUCGCAAGUGACAAAACGUUGAAUACGCAGAAUGUCGUCACCGACUCGGAAUUUAAAUCCUGCGACAGUGUGACAACGUUAAGAUUGGAAGCCCUGGAAAAAGCACUCUAUUGCUGGGAGGAUGCUCUUACGGCGUUCAGCUCUUCACUCAAUAAUGAUACACUCGCAUUACCGUCUAAGGCGGAUGCAGCAUUUACGCACGAUGUCCAGGAACUCCUUGACUUGGGCUAUCAAAUACAGAGCCAUGCAGAACUUCUCUUUAUCGAUCAACACUCGGUACUAUUCCGCAAUGAGAGCGAAGAGAGUUUGGAUAGUCAUAAACCGUCGAAUAUUGGCACCCGGAUAUCCGGCAAAGACAAAGCAGACGCCGCGUCUUCUCCGGAAUCGUUCGAAUCUGCGCGUGAUGGGGUAGCAGAUUUACGGGAAUUCGAAGAAUUUUCUGAACUCUUUCCUCAUUUUGAAAAACAAAAACUGUAUCAUGCUGCUCUUAAACAACACGAGGAUAAAGGUAUCCCUUGCAGGAGAAUACAUACAGAACUCGUGAAGUGCGGCUCGGAUGUUGAAUAUUUAGCAAAAGUGUAUUGUUUGCGGCAAGCGUACACAAAACUGUUCACUAUACAAUCCGCAUCAAAUUGGAUUGCAGACAUAGGCCGACAAGUUAUUAGCGAUUUGAUCAUGUAUGCAGACAGGGAUCCGAAAGAUUAUUUAAUACAUUAUGAACGGAUGUUGGAGUUUCUGCAAGAGCCAAGUAAUCAUAGCAUUAUGGAAGAAGAACUGACUGCGAGAGGUGUUAAAUGUAUGAAUUUCUAUGAUGUUCUUAUUGAUUUCAUUCUGUUAGACGCGUUCGAAGAAGUUGAAAAGCCGUCCUCUUCAAUUAGAGCUAUUUUACAGAAUAGGUGGAUAUCGGCUAGUUUUCGUGAGACUGCCAUUGGAACUGCAGUGUGGACAAUGAUCGUGGGUAAAAGGCGUAUGUUGAAAUACGAUAAAGGAUUUUUGGCACAUUUUUAUUCUAUUUCUGAACAAAUCUCUCCGGUACUGGUGUGGGGAUUUUUAGGCCCUGAAGGAAGUUUACAUUCCACUUGUCACUAUUUUAGAGAUCAAGUUAUUGAAUUCCUUGUAGAUAUAUUUAAUUUUUUUAAAGUAAGGUACACCACUGUUGACAACCUUGCUGAAGAUAUACUCAGGGAAAUGAAGAUAAGGGUUGAAAACAUAAACCAAAGGCUUUCCUUAGAAGGUUGCUAAUUAAAUAGAUACCAUAGUAGCACUAAAUAUAUACACUAAUCGUUAAUGUAGUUAAAUAAAUGCGACGAUGGUAAAUGAAAGUUUCGCUCACUGGAAAGAUUUAAAACAUAACUAAAUCAAGUUGAAUGCGAGCAGUGCGUUAUUCAUACCUUUUGCAAGUUACAUAAUAAUCCAUUCGUACGCCUUUGAAACUAAACAUUUACUCUCUAUCUAUUUCCAUAAUUUAUAUGUAAAAUAUUUUGUACAAAUUUUGUUUAACUACUUUUUAACCGUAUUUAUAGAUUUUUUAUUUUCUGAAUAGUGAGAUAAAUAGAACUGUUAUUUCAAUGAAGUGUAAUUCACUGUAUGUAUCAAUCAUUAAUUUGCCUAAAUGAAAAUUUAAAAGUAACAAGUCAGUAACAAGUAAAUAUUUAAACAAUGAUCUGAAGCUACAGAAAUGAAAUAUGCUCAUAUUUAUAUCUUUACAUAUAAAAAUAAUAUAUUUGUUAUACAAGCGCUAUAAAAAUUGACUGAUGUUAUAGAACAAAAUUAUUAGUCUCAUAUAACGAUUUCAGAAUAUUAUUAUUUUAAAUAUUUUGAAGUUCAAAUUUGCAUUUGUCCUACACCUAAUACCGAAAUUUACAUUUUUAGUACAAAGACAUCGUAUUAGAUGUUUAAAUGUAGUUAUUUUAUUGUAAAAAUAGAUUUUAAUAUAUUACCAUUAACUGUUCACCUAGAAAUGAUUUACAUUAGCUGUAUUAUGAUAUUAUUGUGAUCAGCUGUUUAUAGCAUUUAAAGACAGUAUAUAGUAUACCUGUUCUAGUUCCUUAGAUACUUCAUAAGACUAUGCGGUAUUAUAGUAAACUGUGUAAUUUAUACUUUAUUGAAAAAUAUUGCAACAACUUUAUUUUAAAUUACACACUGUAUUUAUUUAUCAUGUAUUAAUACUGUAUGUAUUAUCACACCAGUUAAGUUGUAUUACCUUCAUAGUACUUUAUAGCAAUGUUGCAUACAGAUGUGUACGAAUCGAAGUAUCUGCUGCCAAAGAUAAGAGCAAUAUUACUAA